AUAAUGGGGCUGCUAUGUGCAAAUAUGCGACGUAUCUUGCAUACACUCUGCCUGGUCCUAGGGUUGGUGACAGCAACUCAGGGCCAUCUCGUUCUUCAUGACGACUCCUUUCAGCCAGACCAUAUCCUUCGGGUGACGGCUCAGAAUUUCAACCAGGCAUGCAUGGACCGAUACUCAGUCUUGGUAAAUGGGUCGCUUCCAGGCCCCCAGCUACAGAUCCAGGAGGGUAAGGUGAACUGGAUCCGUGUCUACAACGAUAUGGAGGAUCGAAAUGUCACAAUGCAUUGGCAUGGCCUUUCUGCCUUUACUGCACCCUUCUCCGACGGUACUCCCAUGGCUAGUCAAUGGCCUAUACCCCCUGGCCACUUCUUUGACUAUGAAGUUCGCCCUGAGGUCGGCUAUGCUGGCACGUAUUUCUACCAUUCCCACGUUGGCUUCCAGGCCCUCACUGCCUGGGGUGCACUUAUUGUAGAAUCGGCCCAACCAUCCCCAUACCAGUACGACGAAGAGCGUGUUAUCGCUCUAUCAGACUUCUUCGCUAAGACAGAUGAAGAGAUUGAGGACGGCCUCACCUCUACUAACUUCACAUGGAGUGGAGAGACCGGCGCGGUCCUGGUGAACGGCCAAGGCCGACUGGCUAGUAAUGCUACUGGGUCAUGCAAGCUGGCCGCUAUCAGUGUCGAGCCUGGAAAGACCUAUCGUCUACGAUUUAUUGGGGCAACUGUGUUGUCAUUUGUUUCAUUGUCAAUAGAGAGCCAUGAUGUGCUUGAGAUUAUCGAAGCGGACGGCCACUAUACCAAGCCUGUCAAUACAAGUUACUUACAGAUAUCUAGCGGCCAGCGCUUUAGCGUGCUGCUAAAGGCAAAAACCGAGGCCGAGCUACAACAGACAAAGUCCCGACAGUUCUAUUUCCAACUCACCACCAUGGGCCGGCCAACUGUCCUUACAACCUAUGCAGUUUUGGAGUACCCAUCCACUACCACGACCGAUCUCAUUACUGUCCCUGUCACUUCUCCACUCCCGGUGGCUAAUAUCACUUAUGGCUGGCUGGACUACACAUUAGAGCCAUACUAUCCGGAUCCGAACUUCCCAACUGUUGAGGAAGUAACCCGGCGCAUCAUUAUCAAUGUUCACCAAAACGUCAGUGACCGUACCAUUUGGCUUCAGAACGGGUACGACUGGGUGGAGACAUAUCCCAAGUCACCAUAUCUAGUCGAUAUCUAUGAAGGCAAACUAGACCUUGACGCCUCGUACAAGCGGGCAAUUGCCAGUGGCUAUGGGUUUGACAACCAAACCCGUCUCUUCCCUGCCAAGAUGGGUGAGGUUUUAGAGAUUGUCUGGCAGAAUCAAGGUGCUGUUAAUUCCGGUGGUGUUGAGAACCACCCGUUCCACGCACACGGCCGACAUUACUAUGACAUCGGUGGCGGGGAUGGGCUAUACAACCUAACGGAAAAUGAGCGCCGUCUGAAGGAUACCCAUCCGGCAACUCGGGACACAACUGUCCUCUAUGCAUACAGAAAGACAACGACUGCUCUCCAGCCAUCUGGCUGGAGGGCAUGGCGUAUCCGGGUUACGAAUGCCGGCGUAUGGAUGGUACAUUGCCAUAUCCUUCAGCACAUGUUAAUGGGCAUGCAGACAGCCUUUGCCUUCGGCGACCAGACGGCUAUCAAGGCGCAGUCUGGAACUCCGGAUGCAGGCUAUUUGACGUACGGCGGGUCGGCAUAUGGAAAUGCCACACAUUGCCCACGUGUACGGCACUUUUUUACCUGACGUACUAGGAGUUGUUGAACCUAUCAACUUUCCAGUGGUGUUAUUGUUUAUAUACAUAGAUCGAAUGGGCUAUAAUCGGUACUCCCUAGUAAUCAAGGCCUGAAAAUAAAGGUGCAAUCGACAUUGCGCACCUUCAUAGAAGACCCUGGGAGAUAGAGUCGCCAUGUAAUAAAAUAAUUACCCUCUGUCAUGCGCGUCAAGA